AAAACAAGUGCUUGACCCAUCGUCAGUGAGAAGCGGAGAUUCUUCAUUCGACAUCUACGGCGCCAUCUUAUUGCUUUGAGCGAGAUAGACCGAGACAAAAUAGACAAGGCUGUCAUCACUGGUAAUUAUGAGCGGAGCUAAAGCUCGCAUCGACCCGCCUGUUGCUGCUGAGAAUGUCUCGAUCACCGGGCACAGUUCCGCGGCUGCUGCGCGGGAGCGCAAGCCAGGUGGAGGGGUUCUGAAGAGACUCAAGUCUCGGCAAAGCCAGGUGGAUAGUAGGCCCGUCACAGAAGAUGAUCUUCGAACACAAGUUGGCCACAUCACCCCUGAAGAGGUCCUACGAUUGCCGGUUGCUACUCGGGGGUACCUGUGUAAACCAGAGGACAACAUCUUCGACAUAGAUUUUAUCCGCUUUAAAAUCAGAGACUUGGAGACAGGGACUGUGUUGUUUGAAAUUGCCAAACCACCUCAUACGGAGGAAGAUGAGGAGAAUGGAGAGGGAGACAUGAGUGCCGGGCGUUUUGUAUGCUACCAGUUCACCACUGCAUUCCUACGACUGAGGACUGUGGGAGCCACAGUGGAGUUUACGGUUGGUGACCGCCCUCUGAACAGCUUCAGGAUGAUUGAAAGGCACUACUUCAGGGAUCACCUCCUGAAGAGCUUUGACUUUGACUUCGGCUUCUGUAUCCCCAACAGCCGCAACACCUGCGAACACAUCUACGAGUUCCCUCAGCUGUCUGAGAGCUUGGUUCAUCAGAUGGUGGAGCAUCCCUACGAGACGAAGUCGGACAGCUUCUACUUCGUAGACAACAGACUGGUCAUGCACAACAAGGCAGACUACUCUUAUAACGGGGGCAGGCGUUGAGUGUGUUAUGUGCCUGUGUGUGUGCGUGUGUGUAUGUUUGUGUGUGUGCUGUGCCAAAGCGUUUACUCACACAAACAGACUCUCACCCAAGUGUUGAGUACUGUAAAUUAAACAAACAUGGCAUAGCUGUAUGGGCUAGCAUGGAAAAGUUUAAGAACAGCAGGACAGAUCCACAUUAGGGCCAUAUAGACUACUGGCAGUGGUAUGGCAACAUUCUGCCAUAUAGACUACUGGCAGUGGUAUGGCAACAUUCUGCCAUAUAGACUACUGGCAGUGGUAUGGCAACAUUCUGCCAUAUAGACUACUGGCAGUGGUAUGGCA